GUGAGAGUGAGUUUAGAGCUGCUUCACUGAGACCAGCCGUCAGCACCGAGAGAAGAAACCACCAACAUCGAACGCACAACAUUGCAAUCUUCCAGAUAGGAGCACAUAUUUCAGACUGAAACAAUCGGUCGUCCAACGCAGUGAAGAUGCAGUGGAGUCUGUUUCUGCUCAUUCUGAUGGGUCAGGUGUUUUUCGUCAUGUGUGUUGCUUCUAAAGAUAAAAUGCAACUGAUCAGCCAAAAUAAGACCUGGGAGGAGGCCUUGGAUUACUGCAGAGAGAAGCACCAUGACCUGGUCUCCAUCACCAACCAGAAGCAGCAGGAAUCGGUCCAAAAGGAAGUCGAGAAUGCCGAGACUGAUUUCAUCUGGCUGGGGCUGCGCUACACCUGCACCCUGGACAUCUGGUUCUGGGUCAAUGGUGAAGUACUCAACUAUGAAAACUGGAAUUCAACACAAAGUCCUGACUGUUACUCUGCAGCAGCCAUGAAUACCACAGACUAUAAGUGGGUCAAAAAGAUGGAUAAUGAGACGUUCAACUUCAUUUGUGUUGAAUAGAAAGUGUUCAACCCACCUGACCGCAGUGGGGACACUUUUCAUAAAUCUGGGGCAUUUUUUUUCUUUGCUACAAAACUCUAUGAUAUAAUACUGCAGUACUACAAUAUCAUACAGUAUACUACAAUACUGUAUGAUACAAUACUUCAAUACUACAAUAUCAUACGGUAUACUACAAUACUGUAUGAUACAAUACUGCAAUACUACAAUAUCAUACAGUAUACUACAAUACUGUAUGAUACGAUACUGCAAUACUACAAUAUCAUACAGUAUACUACAAUACUGUAUGAUACGAUACUGCACAUUCUGCUCUCUGGGUUUAUUGAACAGCAGCAUGACAAACGUAGAAAUUACAUUUAUUUACAUUUGUUUGCUUCUAGGUAUUUAAAAAAUAUUUAAUCUUUUCGUUAACAUCUGGUGAUGGUUAUAAAAUGUGUGAGACCGUAUUUUAUCUACUCUGAUAUUAAUAUUCAUAUGUUGAUUAUCGUGAAACCUUUGACUCAGCUUGAGAGUUUUCUUACACAGAUUCUUAAUCUUUAUUAAAGUAGAAAACAAACCUGUUUCUGAUUUCACUUGGUUUGUUGAACG